GGUAACCGUGGUGACCUUGGUUGGUUGAUCAUCAUGGCGGCGAUCGUCAGGUUGAGUUCUGUGUGUCGCAGAGGAGUCAAACCUCUGUUCUACCAAAGCACUUUGUUGGCCAGGCCGCUGGUUGUACCACACAAAUACCAGGAGCAGCCCUACCAGCUGACAGCGAGGAUCCACGCGUCGCAGGCUCUUUACGCCGGUUCUGGCUCCAAAGCCGCCUCUCUGCACUGGACAGCAGAGCGAGUGCUGAGCAUCCUGCUCCUGGCCAUGGGACCCGUGGCCUAUUUUAACCCCGGCCCUGUCAUCGAUUACUCCCUGGCCGCUGCCCUGACCCUGCAUGGACACUGGGGUAUCGGGCAGGUGCUUACAGACUACGUUCACGGGGACGCAAAGAUCAAGGCUGCCAACGCGGGUCUCUUCCUCCUGUCCACGGUCACCUUCGCCGGCCUUUGCUACUUCAACUACAACGACGUGGGCAUCUGCAAAGCCAUCGCCCUGCUCUGGAGCAAAUGAAUGGGACUGUGGACCGGGAAGCUGUGGGAGGACACAGACAACUGGGUCCUGGCUGAUUGUAAAAAAUUUAAGGUGUUCUAUGUAAAUUCUUAUAAAUAUAUCAUUUUUGACAACAUCCCAGUGAUUCACAAGUGUGUAAUUGUAACUGUUGAUUCAGGCUCGGUCUCUGUAUGAAGUUCUUACUCAACAUCAGGCCUCCAUUUUUGGGAGAUUAGCUUCGUUUGUGUUCAACGUGGACUAAAUUUAAGCUACGUCACCCUCAGCAACAUCAUGUCUAGUUACUUAAAAUGUCUUGACCAAUUCUAGAAGAGAUACUAUCUAUCAUCCUGGCACGUAAUUGUUAUAUUAACUGGGGACAUUUCAACAAAACAGCUCGAGCAAGUUUUACACAAUGUUGCAGUUAAAUAUGUAAUUUAUUUUAUUUUUUUCAUGUCCAUGUGGCUGAUUUCUUGAAAUGUAUUUUUGUUUCAAUCAUAAUGUGUACAUACGUUUUGCUCGUAAACUCAUCAGGAAGAA